UUUGGUUGCGCGCGCCGAUACAAUCAGUCUAUAUUCCUGACAACGAAAGUUAAGCAGUGUUUAUAGAUCCUCUUGAUUAUUUCAACGAAAAUGUCAACAAAAAUCACCAUGUUACCAGAGCAAUGCAAAAUAUUGAUGAGGCACGAAGUUCAGAAGCAGUUUGAGUCCGGCAGAGGAUUGAUAGAAGUGGUAAUGAAGGUACUACAGACACACACGAAGUCCUUCAAAUCACAAGCAAAGGAAAGAGAUGAGGCAGAUGGAAAUCUGAGACAGCUUGGAGGUGAGCAUGAGGAUAUUAGGGAGGUGUUGCUGACCCUAGCUUCUCUACAAAAAGACACUAGCACUUCAUUGACGGAGCUAAGCAAGAAAUUAGAUGGACCUGUUCGCACGCUGAAUAGGUGGUUGAAUGAUCCUUCAACAAGGGAGUCUGAAUCCUUCAUUAUGGAACAAAUUGUGAAAUUGACGGAUCAACAUUCUCAAACAAUGGUCAAAAUCUCCAAACUACAUAAGGUACACAAUAAGAAAAGACACAUACUGGAAAAAGUCCAGCAACAAAUUGACAGCUAUCCAUUCAGUGGUCUAGACAAUAUAAGUGUUUCUGAACUGAAGAUAAAAAUGGAGCACUUCAGGGUGGAGGCUCAGGCUGCUGGACAACGGUACCACCACGCUCUGGACGCUGAACUCAGAAACAGGCUAGAGUUCAUCAAGGAUGCAGAAGAACUGGAGUUCCUCUUUGUCAAACAUGAGGAAAAGCGCCUUUUGACCUUAGUGGAUUGCAUUGGAAAGUAUUCCAGUAUUCUGACAACAUACAACAACCCUCGAGAUAAGACUCUGCCCAUCCUCACAGACCUGACUGAAUUGUCCAUGAUUUACAGUCCAGAUGACGAGAUUAAGAAAUGUCUAGCCCGUGGUUGUAGGGAUCUCACCUUCCCUUUUCCACAGGUCUUAAAGGAGGACUUUGUAUCCAAGAGCACCAGCCAUCACGCUGGACAAGAUGACCAAAAACUGGACUUGGAAUCAAUGGUAUCUAGUGUUACUUCCAAAGGACAGCUGACAAGGACUUCGGAUACUUCAGGCAAUGCCAACAGGCGGUUCGAUGAGAAGAUUGAUGACAGAUCAAGAGAUAUAUACACCCACUGCUUGGACAGCAAAGCUUCCUGUCUUCCAUUCAACCAUGGCAAUAGCAAAAACAGUGGAUCAGAAAUUCACUUAAAUACGCCAAAAGACAUGCCACAAGAUGAUUGUAGCCAAUCUGACAGUCCUCAAGGUUUACCUUUGGUACCUAAACCAUACCUGUAUGAGGACAUUCCUGUUAAAACAUCCCCGAGACAACCGAAAAUGGAGGGACUUCCACAAAUUGCAAGUCCAGAGACCGCAGUUCAUAGGAUUAUGUCCAGAGAUGUAAAGACACCCGUCCAGCUUUUGAGAAGUGACUCAAGUCUAGAUAGAAAUCUGCUACCUAAGCUGCCCAGAUCCAUAAUCGGAACUCCUGAGAUGACAAGUUCACAACAUAUCAGGGAGGCCAUGAACCAGUCUCCAAGCAAACCAAGACAUCAUGUGGAUAAUAAUCUGCCAUUAAUGCCCAAGCCAAUGGUGAACAAAAACAAUGUACCAACACUGAGGUCAGAGUCUCGAAAUGGUUCCUCUUCAUCUCAUCCUGCUUUUAGAGCAAACUCCAGAAGGGAAGCCAAUGUGCUGCCUAAGAUGCCCAGUUCAGGAAAAAACAUGUUGUCAUCUCCUUUCAAUGCUGAGAGCAACCAGGACAAUGUCAAACCAGGGGAACUGCCACCAUGGGUCAAAUCCCAGACAACUUUCCUACCCCGGCUAUCAAGGACCAAUGAAUGCAGCAUGAAGAGCUCCAAUCUUCAGCCAAAUAUCAUGGUUGACACUGUCCCUACUAAAUUACCUGUGAUGUUCAUGCCUGGUACUAAUACAGCCAAUGCCCUUAGAUCAUAUUCAAGGCCAGAAAGUCAAAGUACCGUGCCUGCUGUGCCAAACAGGAAAGGGGGCUUUUCUAUCUUGCCAUCAAAGCCCAAAGUGUUGAUGGACAUUGGAAAUCCCCAAACUGCCAUGGUUAGAUCUACAACAGAGAAUGUGGCUUCAGACACUCUAAGAUCUCGCCACAGGGUAGGAGUGGUCAGGCAGAGUGGUCAAGUGGACAGUGGUAUUGCAGCUGGAUUUCGCGGGAGCUCCAGCAAUAGUGAUUUCAAAUCCCAGCAAGGGUCGUCUAGUGCUUGUCAGGGACCACAUGGAAAGAUAAGUAUACCUCAGGGAACACACAGAGUAGUAAAUACUUCCAACAAACAACAACGAAUGGCUAGGGCUCCUCAUGGACCACGGGGAAAAGCUGAUGGGGCCCCAUAUGUAAGGAAAGUCUCGGAUACAUUAUGUAGCAACCCUCCUAAACAGCCCCCGUUAGCUCAGACUGGUACCACUACAAGCAGUUGGACAAGAAAGGAAAACCUUUUAAACCAGGGCAGUCUGUCAUGUGUAGAGGGUAACAAGAAGGAAAAGUGUCCAGAACAGGUCCAAAUCAGUAAUGCUGACCGCCUCCUUAGCAAAUAUGAUAUAAGGAACCUUGGGCUUGGGGACAAUGAGGAAGAGGAGAAAGAAGAUGUCUGUAAAAGGGCAGAUGAGCUGUUGGCUUUGUAUGACAUCAGGAACAUCUGCUCAGAGAGCAGUCUUGUAGAGCAGGAGGUGUAGGGACACCGGCUUAUUGAUAUACAGAAAUCAGAUUAGAAGAAAAGUACUUUUUAAUAGGAAGCUCUGGAAAAAAGAUCAAUAUAUAUGUUUUUAUGAUAUCUCUGAUAAGGUAAAAGCAAAACAUUGCUUGGCUUUUAAAGAUUCUGCAUCAGAAAAUGAAAAGGAACUAUGGAAAUUCUAAUACUGCAUUCAGAAAAAAAGAUUUUGAAAAAAAAAAUAAAAAAAAAUAGGACCAGAAUGCAUUGAUGAAUAUGUGAUGAAAUGUGAAAAAGAAGAUAUAAAAGUAAGAGUAGGUUGUGAUCAUACAUACAGGAGUCAUGUACACCAUCCAUUCUUCAGCCCCAUUUAAGGCAGGCAGGUCCUUGAAGGGAUUGCUCUAAAGAGGUUGUAAUAACAUGGUUGAUAUGAAGGUUAUAUUGAAAUGAAGGUUGUUAAAGGUAUUUUAAAAAAACGUUGAGCAUUUUACAUAAAAGGUGGAGGUAAUUGGACUUGUAGAUGUUGGUGGAUUUACAAGUAAGAUAUUGUGGUUAUUGAAACUGUUUCUUCAGGUAUUGUUGAUGGUGUUUCAAAAGUGUAUGAAAUGAUGUGCUAGAUAUGGAGGUUAUUGAAGGUAUGACUUCAAAAGAUCAAGCAUUAACAUAAAAGAUAUGAAGGUUAUUGAAAAUGUUGGAUCUAAAGGGCUUAGAAUGUAUAAGUAAGAAUGAAGGCAACAGAAGGUUUUGCUUCAAAGAAAUAUAUCUAAACAUUUGAUAGAUAUUGUGGAAUAGUUCAGAUGUUUGAGUUUUUACAUAAAAUAGCAAAUACCAAUAUGGAAGUUCUGUAGAUAUUGCUUCAAAAUUAUGAGCAAUUAUAUACAAGAUAUGUGGGGUGGUGAAGAUACUCAGUUUUAAAAGGAUGAACAUAUUUUUUGUAGAUGCUCCUUCCUAUGUUUGAAUAAUUACAUAGAAGGUAUGGAAGAUGCUGCUCCAAAUGUUGAGUACAUGAAUACGCGAUGAAAUCAAGGCAUUGCUUUAACAUUUGUGAGUUUACACAAAAGGUGAAAGCUAUGGUAGAUGUUGCUUCAAAAACUGGAGCAUUUACAUGUAAGAUAUGGAGGGGAUUUUCUCAGAAGGGAUAUGGAAUAUGUGCAUAGAAGGUGGAGGUAAUUAUAAAAGAUAUUCAUUAACAAAUUUGAGCAUUGACAUAGAAGAGGAGGUUACAAUGUGAUGAGUAACUUUUUGAUGGUGCUUCAAAGGUUUAUGGUAUGAUGUGCUCGAUAUGGAAGAUAUUUAAGGUACAUAUUCAAUAGACUGAGCAUUGACAUAACAUAUGGAGGUUAUAAAGAAAAAAUUGCCUCUAAAGAACGAGCAUUUACGGGUAAACUAUGAAGGUUUGUGCUGAAUAUUGAGGUAAUUGCAGGCGCUUGCUAAAGAUGUUUGAGUAUUUACAAUGUGCUUUUAAGGGUGGAAUAUUUACAUACAUGAUGCAGUUUAUUGUAAAAGUUGCUUCAAUAGUUUAAGGCAUACCAUGCUUACAAAGAAGUCAUUGAAGGUGUAACCUCCAAAGGUAGGAGAGAAAUACAUGAGAUAUGGAGGUAUCUGUAGAUGCUGCUUCAUAAGUUGAGGAAUUAGCUGUAUGAUGUUGGGGAAAUUGCUUCGAAAUGUUGAAUGCAGCAACUUGCUGGAUAUUGAGGUAAAUGAGGUUUUGCUUCAGACAUUUGAGUAUUUACAUUGAAUAUGGAGGUUUGUCAAUACAUUAUCAUGGUUCUAAAAGUUGAAUAUUUACAUAAGAGAUGGAGAAAUUAAUAACUGCUUCAUAAGUUUGAGGAAUAACAUGCUUACAAAGAUAACAAAGUCAUUAAAGGUGUUGCCUCAUAAGGUAGGAGAACAAUACAUAAACCAUAGAGGUAUUCAUGUAUGUGUCAAUAGUUAGCUUACUAAAGGUGUUGGUCAAAAUGUGCUCCAGAUAUAUAUGGAUUGCAUUGAAGGUAUUUAGCUUCAAAAACUUGAGCAUUUCCGUAGAAGAUAUGGAGGUCAUUUCAGAUGUUGCUAAACACACUUAGCAUUUGUAUGUUGGUAAUGGAGGUUUUUGAAGAUGCUGCUUCAAAUGGUUAAUGAGAAAUGGCAUUGGUUGUACAAUGAUGUGCCAAGUAUAAGCCAAAGCUUGGCUUAAUGAAUGAUAAUAAUACUAAAGAGGGCUGGAUUUAUUGAUGUAACAUUGUUAUUGCUAAUAUAAAAUGUAUUAAAACAUGACGUUU